AUGGCCAGCCCCGCGCGCAAGAACAGCCGGCUGGACGCGUUCCGGCGGAGGCAUCUGCCGCCCGAGGUCUACGACGCCAUCCGCGCCUACGAGCCGUGCAUCGUGGUACCCGACACGGGGAAACACACCUUAAAGUACGUGGUGCUCAGUGACCUGCUCAUCUACCUGACCGAGAACCCGCCCCAGUCCAUCCGGAGAGUCGUGGCGCUCCGGCACAUCGUGGCCAUUGACCUGGUGUCUAGCCUCGUUUUUCUUUCCUUUGCCCUAGUCUCUGUGUCCCUCAAGGGAGAGGUUGUCAAAGAAGAGAAUAAUGGCCCUGCCUUUUGGAGAGGCAAAAAGCCUAAAAGUUUGAAUGAAUCCGUUUUCAGGUACCACCAAGAGAGCAGCACACCAUCCAAGGACUCAACUCUUGGCCCUCCUUCAGACCUCAAGAAGCUGACUCUUCAUGGCCAAAGUGCCUGUCGACCCUUACCUACCCCCUCCAGGAGGGGCUGUCAGCACUCAUCAGCCACUAGCAAGGCUGUCGGUGUGCCAUUUUGCACCACAAACACAAAACAACCCCAGGGACUUUCAGAUCACAAAGACUCUCUAAGUGAAAUCCCUUUCAAGGGCAAUGGGAACGGAAAUGAGUUUUACUUAGGAAAUUCCUCCCUGGCCUCCCCUUUACAGAGUAACCCAAACCUAGAGAAAAAGGAGUCAGAACUUCAUUUGUACAUUAUUUCCACAACUUCAUCAAUAUUUCUGCACUUAAAAAGUUCAUGGAACAAUUAUGUUAUAAAAGCUACUCUUUUACAAGAUCCCCUAUAUGUUAGUGAGCUCAGUCCUGCUACUGGAAGUCAAAAGCCAUAUAGAUCUGAGGAGAAAAUUAAGCACUUCAGUCAACUUAAAUCUGAACUUUUUCUUAAAGACAAUACUUUGAGGGCUUCCCUGAUACUUUGUUUAAUUACAGAACUUAAAGUAGCAGCCCCGAAAAACUUCAUUCUGAAAAGGCUUUUCUGGAAAACCAGUGACCUGUUCUAUUUCCUAGUGAACAAACUUCAUGAGUACUUGCCAGAGUCUAGGGAUAAGAAUGCACUUCAAAAUAAAAGCCAAAGUGUUGAUGAGCUGGUGGCAUGCAUUGAAAUUAUACAGACUCUGGGACUGAUGUUCAGAGAAACAGAAACUGAGGCAUCACACCUGAACACAUUGGGAGCUAAGAAGGGAACACUAUUUAACCUCUUGGUAAUUUUAAUUAGCGAGCCUCAGACUCCAAAAUCUUGUCCUGUGUUUGACAUCCAGUUGGUGGCUGAUUCAGCUUUGGUUGAGAUGUCCUUUGAUGCUGAGUUACAGAAGCUUAUCCUGGAAUAUACAGAUACAGCUACAGCACUUUUAUAUGAGAUACUUCUUGACUUUCAGCAGGGAAAUCUUGGAUUGGGGUCAUCAAAGUUUGCUAUUAGCUGGAUGAUGUCCUUUCUACAAAGUCGUCCUCCCAUAAUUACUUUUGUGGCCAGAAUUGUGAAACGAGUGGUGAAGGGGCUUUCAGCUUCAUUUCAGCGCCAAGCAGUUCUGUUAUACCAGCAGUUUCACGUCCUCAAGAGCUGCCUGCAGUACAGCAAGACUUUAGCUGAGUAUAUUAGGAAAGACUACAGAGAAGAAUUCAGGUACUUUAUUCACAUGCCAGCCUUGGAAAAAAGGCUCCCAUUAUGUUUCCCUAUUACCCAACCUACCACUCAACUUUUUCAUGAAGUUCUGAAAUUGGUUGAACAGAAACAAUGUGUGAAAUGUUAA